AUGGUUUCAUUGCUUGAAGAUCAACCUAAUAUUAAGUUCUCUUCUUCGGACACUCUGGAGAGUGACCAACAAGACAACCUCAUGCAGACACAAGGGGACCCAAGCUCCCCAGCUCAGCAAACUGAUAAUCCCAGUUUCAGUUGCCAGUCAUAUGAUCCAGACAGCAGGACAGAAAGAAAGAGUUCAGAAUCUUCUCACAGCCCAAGCCCCUCUUCUCCAACCCAGGAUCAAAUCCAUGGGAGAUUUCCUGCCAACCAAGGAAUUCACUCUGGCAAGUGCAAAUUUAAAGUCUCUCCCAAUGCUGAGAAAUUCAGAAGGUAUAGCUAUGAGGAAAGCACUGCAGGAAACUAUGGCAGGUUCCUCAAGAGCAACAGGAACCCCUUCCAUCCUUAUAAGAGGGAGUUCAGUGAAGAUGUCUUCCAAGAAACUCAUCCAGCCCUCACACUGGAUAAUAAUUCCUUCAAAAAUGCAAGAAGCAUUGAGGGUUUUGAAGAUCUACCAGGAUCUACAGGCACCGGCGAGUCAGAGUCCUUUCCCACACAUAUUCAGAACAUUUCCACAGAACCAACAUGGUGCAACAAUCUCCAAUACAACCUCACAGGCCAAGAUCAGAGUUCCCAAGUCAUGCGGGAUUCAGAGGUCAAGCUUAAGACGCCUCCACUGGAAGGGCAGCCCAGUUUGUACUGUUACCAGCCUCCAGUGCAGCAAAUGUACUGUCCCUCACACCCAUUUCACCAGUAUUCGUCAGGAGGCAGUUAUCCUGUAACCUAUAUUACCUCAUCACACUAUCCUUACCAGAGAAUCGCUCCUCAAGGGAGUCAAGAAUCCCAGCAGCCUCUGUUUCCUAAACCCAUCUACUCCUACAGCAUCCUGAUCUUCAUGGCGCUCAAAAACAGUAAAACAGGGAGUCUCCCGGUCAGUGAGAUUUACAAUUUCAUGACGGAACACUUUCCUUACUUUAAGACAGCUCCAGAUGGUUGGAAAAACUCUGUACGCCAUAACUUAUCCUUGAACAAAUGCUUUGAGAAAGUUGAAAACAAGUCAGGUGGCUCUUCUCGGAAAGGCUGUUUGUGGGCACUGAAUCCGGCCAAAAUUGAUAAGAUGCAGGAAGAGCUUCAGAAAUGGAAAAGGAAAGAUCCAGUUGCUGUGAGGAAAAGUAUGGCAAAGCCAGAAGAACUUGACACAUUGAUAGGAGAUAAGGCUGAAAAACUAAGAUCUUCAACAGUGUCCUGCAAUCCAACAGGUGUGGCAAGUUCAACAGUUUCCAGACAGAUGUCAGUCCAGCCCCAUUCUCUGUCUGAGCCAUCCCUGUCGUCUAAUAUCCCACAGCCUUUACACCCUAUUCACACAACAGGACCUCUACGUGCCAAGAACCCACUACCAAGUUUGCUUGGGGGGCACCAAACUCCAUGUUAUACAUCACCACAGGUUUUCCCUCAGAUCUCACCUACCUUAAUGCAACAAUCACCUGGUAUCCCUCAGAGCAUCUUCCCUUCUGCAGAUACUCAAACUGAACUUAGAGCACAACCUAGCACCACCCAAGACUCACCUUUGCCAGCCCAGACCCCUCCCAUACAUGGUAUGAAGAUAUUGACAGAGCACUCCACAGCCAGGACAAUGCAGGACACACUCAUGCAAGAAGCAGACAUGAGCAAUGAUAUUGAUGCUCUUAACCCUUCCCUGAUUGACUUUGAUCUCCAAGGAAAUCUUUGGGAAGAACUGAAAGAUGACAGCCUGGCUGUGGAUCCCUUGGUUCUCAUUUCAACAUCCCCAAUCUCCUCUCAGUGCUUCCCUUCUCACUAUCAGAUGGAUAGUAACAGCAGCAGCAAUACCCUCACCACCCAGAAUAGCACUCCACAUAGCAGCUUACCCGACUUACAACUCACUACUCUUUACUCUGCCUUUAUGGAACUGGAUACAGUGUCCACAGCCUACUUGAAUAAUUCUGGAUCCAAGCCUAUAGCACUUGUGUGAACCACAAAA